CGUUGAGUUGUGUAACGAAUAAUGGAACUCGCGAGGGUGGUUUUCUUGUUGAUGCUUGUGAUCAGUUGUUCAUAUAGCGAUGCUUCUCCGAAGCAGAAGCACCAGUUGAGGAACAAAAAAAGGGUUCGCGAACCAUGCAAGAGGUUGGUGUUUUAUUUCCACGACAUAAUCUACAAUGGUUACAACGCUAAGAACGCGACUUCGGCCAUUGUGGGAACCCCCGCGUGGGGAAACAGGACCAUACUCGCGGGGCAGAACCACUUUGGUGACGUGGUUGUGUUCGAUGACCCUAUCACUUUGGACAACAAUUUGCACUCACCACCCGUUGGACGCGCCCAAGGGUUUUAUAUUUACGACAAGAAGGAAAUUUUCACUGCGUGGCUUGGUUUCUCCUUUGUCUUCAACUCUACCCACCACAAGGGUAGCAUUAACUUCGCUGGUGCUGACCCUUUGAUGAACAAGACUAGGGACAUUUCGGUCAUUGGAGGGACUGGUGACUUCUUCAUGACCAGGGGUGUCGCCACUCUCUCUACGGAUGCAUUUGAGGGAGAAGUUUAUUUCAGGCUUCGUGUCGAUGUUAACUUGUUCGAAUGUUGGUAAUUAAGAAUUAAGGCUAAUUGGAACAUGCAUGCUAGGGAAGAAUCUCUAAUCUUAUGGUCUUUUGUUUUGAGUCCUUUUAUGUAAUCUUUCUUUUUCAAUGUGUUUGGAGGGGUACGAUGUGGGAGUGGUGUCAAACUCUAGUAAUCAAAUUUCACUAGAUGUGUUGUGUAUGACGACGGCUCCACGGCUAAAGGUCGACGUCGUCGCUCCUCUCCUUAUUUAGAAUUCAUUCAAUAAUGCGUCACAUGCAUGAAAUGCAUCAUCUUUCGAUUUGUUUCUUAUGGUGUGUUUGGUUUAGUAUUAGAAAUUCAUGGGAGUGAAAACACGUUUAAUGUAAAUUUGGAAUUCAGCUCAAAAUGGGUUGGUGAUUUACGUUGGCAAAAAUGCCAAGAUCAUAGUGCAACUGCUGCUGUUGUAGCCAGCCAGUAGGUACCAACCCGCUGAGACAGACACAUUUUGCACAUGCUAGUGUUUGACGAUCCAAUUACCUUGGAGGAUUCAUGUCUUCA